AUGCCUUCAAAGCCGGGUAAAGGCAAGGACCGCUGCUGCGUGCCGCGUUGCUCCUCUUCCACUGGCGAAAACUGGUCCGUAACGUUCCACGGUUUCCCUACGGACGAGGCGAAGAGGAAGACUUGGCUGAAAAAUAUUGGAGUUGAGGAUUCCGACAUCCGCAAGAGCAGCAAGGUCUGCAGUCGGCAUUUUGUUAAAGAAGAUCUCGGGCCGCUGGCCCCAGGUGGCCGCCGCAGGCUGUACCGCGGCGCUGUCCCAAUCCUGUUUGACUGGAACCAAUACAGCCUGCCUCCGAUCACAACUGCAGGCGGAGACGAUAGGAUGGUUGCUUUACCGCUGCACCACCGUAAGGCGCCGUCCUCCGCUCAAGGUAAAGACACUGAGUUUGGUACAGGGAAUGCACCCCCAUCCAAAAAAUUAAAUCAUGACAGGAGCCUAGUGGCAGGUGCCGGAUUGGAUCAAAACCAGGUUAAAGAGGAGGCCAUUGAAAUGGCCAUUGGACCAGUGACUACCCCUUCUGUCAAAGAGCAGCCCAAUAUUUCUGUGCCUGUUCAACUGAAAGAAGAGCUUCUUGAGAUGCCUGUCCACAUGAAGGAGGCAACUCCAGCCAAAAAAUCAGUCUGUUCUGAGGAAGAACUCCGUGUAGGAGCUGCUGGACAGGACAAAGGAGAAAUUCCUUUGUCAAAACCCAUUCAGAUCAAGGAGGAGCCCAUGGACUAUGUGCCUAUUCAUAUCAAACCAAAGCCAGCUGAGCCUGUCUUUUCUAAUAUCAAAAGUUUACAGCUUGACAAAAGUGGACCUGGAAAAGAAUUUUCUGUGAAGAGUCCACCAGAGAAUAUUAAGAAGAAUUGUCAAGUCACAGAAAAACCUCCAUUUUCUUCAAGUACUGAGAAUCAGAGUUUGCAGACGGGUCCUCGUGGCUCAUAUGUGUGUAAUGAUUGUGGGAAAACAUUUGCCCAGUUCAGUUUCCUUGAAAGUCAUCAUACAGCUCAUUCAAAGGAUGCAAAACUGAUCUGCAAUCAAUGUCCUCUAACCUUCUCUGAUUCAGAAAGCUUAGCACAGCAUGCAAAGUUUCACAUGGAAGCAAAAUCUCACAGGUGUGAAGAAUAUGGGAAAGCAUUCCGUGCGCUAUCGCUUGUUAAACCGCACCAGAAGAGCCACAUGGCAAAUAAACCGCAUUCCUGCCGAGAGUGUGGUAGGCUUUUCCGCUUCCCUAUAAGCUUGAAGAUCCACCUGCAGAGGCAUGCCGCGGAGAAGCCCCACCACUGUCAACAGUGUGACAAGACCUUCAAAAGCAUAGAUAAUUUCAGAAUCCACCAGAAGCUCCACGCUGAACACAGAUUGUAUAGCUGUUCUAAAUGUGGCAAGUCAUACACCAAUUUAGAAAACCUGCAGGUUCACAUCAAGGUCCACACUGUCUCCUGCACAGAGUGUGGCAAGACCUUCACCAACCUAAGUGGCCUUAAAUCACACCAGAGGAUUCACAGCGGUGCACACCCAUUCUGCUGCAUUAAAUGUGAGAAGACUUUUGCCCAUAUAAAAAGCUUUCGACAGCACUGCAUAAGUCACACGGGCGAGAAGCCAUAUGGUUGCGCUGAAUGUGGCAAGGCCUUCUCUAGUGCACGAUACGUUAAAGUCCAUAUGAGGACUCACACAGGAGACAAGCCAUACAGGUGCAAUGAAUGCGGAAAAACGUUUAUGCAUUCAAAAAACCUUCAAGUGCACAUACGAGUUCACACUGGAGAAAAGCCAUAUGUGUGCCCAGAAUGCGGAAGGAUGUUCACCGCCCUGGGCUCUCUUAAGAGACACAUUAGAAUCCACACUGGGGAGAAGCCAUAUAGUUGUGCUGAGUGUGGGAGAUGCUUUAGCCAUUCGGAGAGCCUUAAGGCUCAUCGAAAAACUCACAUUGAGAAGUAA